AACAAUAAUAUCGCUCAGUUUUCAAUUAGUUGUGGAGCGGUUUGGUUCUGGUUGCUCGCUAGUGAAGACGUUUGAAAAAAAAAAAAAAAACAACAGAGAAAUAAUUCACCCUUUCGAUAGAGACAUAUUCAACUAUGCUUUGUUUUUGUUUCUAAUAUGAUAUGUAAUGGAUAUAUGCAUGUAAAUAUGUGCUACUACGUGUAAAUUUGCAAAAGAGCUUGACGAGUUUGAGGCUUUUGUGUUUAUCUGUGGUGCGUUAAUUAUUGGACUUUUACAAAUGAUGACAUCUUAACUGAAAUUAUUGUGCAGAUAUGAGUAUAUAAAAUAUUGAAAUAAAAAAAUAGAAAAAAAAACUAUUUUGUGAACAAUUAAAUGCGUAGCUGUAGUUUUCGUGUUGUUGUGCAUUGUAUGGUUCUGCAGAUUACUCUGCGUGCUCGCCAGAUUUUCUUUUGCUUGAAUUUGUAAAAUUCUGCGGCGCACUUACACACAAAAGUGUGAAGCAGCUUAGUCAAGCCUUAGCUAUCGCCUUACAAAAUUUCAUUUCUUGUUGUCUGAUCGAUACGGGUCUAUGCUGCUGGAAUAUUUCUCAUCUGAUUAGUUUUCAUUUCGAUUUUUCUAUGCAUGCAAAGCGGCUACCACAAGAAUCAAGGUUAUUAUUGUGCCAUUGAAAAAACUAAUUAGUUACGAAAAAGGAAAAAAGUAGGCAAAGAAAAUACAAAUAAAAAUGCAAAUUAAAAAUACAAAAAAGCAACACGCGCCCAAAUAAAAAGCACGAAGCUCCUCUCAUUAAUUUGCGUUUUUCAUUACAUCUGCAGCAUACACAUACACACAUACAUGCGCGCCCUAAUAUUUAGUCUAAUGAAUAAAUUAAAAUCGAAUAAUAUUAAACAACAAAAUGUUAUGCGCUUAAUAUUAUCAAAUUUAAUUACCAAACAAUUAAAAAAUAUAAAUUAAUGUCCACAGCAUGUUAAAGUGAUGCUGAAGCAGUAUUAAUCGAUCAAUUAAUAAAUUUACAUACGCACGUACAUAAGUUUUUGAUGUAACAGUCCCUUAAGUGGUCGCAUUAGCAACGCCGUAUAUCAGGCGCUUACAUUAAAUCCAUACCUAAAGUGAAGUGCAACAACAGCAAAAAUUAGCACAUGCGACAACAACUGUAAAUCUGCCCAAGUCUUUCAACGCAAGUAAAGCUAAUUAAGAACAUUUUUUUUAAAUCCAAAAUAAUAACUAAAGCCCACAAAGACAAUCCUACCGAGAAUGUAAACAACAACCAAUCAAAACUGCUGCUAUACCGCCGAUACAGAAACAACAGAAACAUAAAAACUCAACUCAGGUGGUACAGCUACAACAAAUACGCCAAAGAUAAAAGCAACGACAAUGAGCCAUAAAGCAUCUUCUGCACCGAUGAACCAGCUACCGCAAUUGGAUGAGAACAAUGAGAACUGUGUGAUUGAUAUAGCCACAAUGCAAAUUGCUGAUGAUAGCAACUGUACUCGUAUAGCCAUGUCAACAGUGACGAAUCACGACAGCAGCAACAAUAGCAACAAUAAGUUCACAUAUGCAGAUGAGGAUAGUAAUAGGGAGAGAAAUCCCACCACCAACGUGGAGCGAGUGGAGUGUGCAGUGGGUGAUAGUGAAAGUAACAAUGAAGUGGAAAUGAAAACGGAAAUCGAAAGUGAAAAUGUACAAAUUGAGGAUGAGCAUGAGGGCGGUAGCAAGGAACAGAUACACCAACAUUGCCUGAAUGAGUUGGAAAUCAACCAAGUUGAGGAAGAACAAAUUAUUGCGGAGUUAGUGGAUGCAAGUACACAAGGACGAUGUACAGAAGCCAAGCAAAGCAAUCGUAUGCGCGUCGCCUUUGGCAUAAUUUUGCGAUUAAUGCUGCCACUCGCUAAUAGCGUAAUGCUUAGCUUCAAAGGUAUACGCGAUGCGCGAUUUCUGCGCGCUUUGAAAACCAUCACUUCCAGCCGACAGGCGCUAACCAAUCUGAUGGCGUUUGCGGCCAAUACUAUAUCGUUGAAUUUGUCGUCAGUGCAAGUUUCCCAACGGAUCGAUCCAAUUUUAAAACUUCUGAAAAUACGUAAGACUGGCGAUGGGGUUGAAAGUCUUCCAGAUACGCCUUCCAUAGACAAUGCUCCCUACUUUCCAAUCUCUGCACUACCUAGCCCGCCACUGACACCAACAAUACCCGGCAAAUCUGUUUCACCUUCAGAGCAGCUGGGAUUUUCGCCUUUCGUUCGAGAAUCUUCCGGAGCAAUGCCAGCUUUUUCCAACGAUAAGCAAAAAAUCACAGCACCAGAACAACCCGCGUCGAAAUGCUGUACAUUAGAUGUGCUGGCAGAACCGCCAGCAGGACAGCCUAUACGCGCCGAUAUUGUCUUCAUACAUGGAUUGCAUGGUUCAGUUGUGAAUACAUGGAAGCAGGGUCUCUGGGAAAACGACCGUCAACCGGAGGGUUUCGAGCGACCCCCAAAACCACCAGUACGGCCACCUAAGCGGCCAAAGCACUCACGCUCCGUCUUGUUACAUCCACCACACAAGCAUAAGCGUGCGCGAUUCACGCGCAGUGACACGAAUCAGCUGCUAACACAGGAGGAAAUGGAGUAUGAAGGAGUUAAAGACUUGGAUGAUGGGUUCUUCGAUGCGACGGAGCAGGAAUUGGGAAAUGGUAUCUCCUAUGUUUGUGGCGUGCCGCAAGAUAUACAAAACUGUGAUGGAAUUGAAUACAGCUUUCCCACGUUCCGCUUGCGCUUGAACGACAACGGUCGGCAAUUGCAAAGUGAAUUCGAACCGAUGCACGAAGACGCAGAUGGUGAGCCUAACAUCAACCCGCCAAAGGUGGCGAAUAAUAGCAGUAAGAGAAAAAACACAACAAAACUUUCAGCCGACGAUCCGAAUUAUUCCAAAUGCUGGCCGGCUGAUUGGCUACCACUAGACUGCCCUGGCGUUCGCGUCAUAGCUCUUAACUACACCACCGAUCCAUAUCUUUGGCGACCACUGUGGAAAAAGAAAGAACCGCGCUCUAACCUCAUCGAACGUGCUCGUGAAAUGGCCGAGUUGCUGAUCAAGCAUCGUGUCGGCUAUGGUCAACCUAUUGUAUGGGUGGGCCAUUCUAAAGGCGGUCUCUUCAUCAAGCAAAUUAUCGUCGAUGCCUGGGAAAGUGGACGCACGGCUACAGCACCGCUGUGGCGUUCUUCACGUGGCGUAUUCUUCUAUUCGGUGCCCCAUCGUGGCUCGCACUUGGCCUGCAUUAAAGCGCCGUUCUUAACACGUUCCGUUGAGAUGCUGGAUAUUGAGAAGAAUAAUAAAUAUUUAUUGGACUUGCAUCGUCGCUUCGCAGGCCUCUAUCACUUGGGUCACAUCAAAAUUGAAGUGUUCAGUUUUAUAGAGACUGCAUUAACGCUAAUGUCCGUGCUGUAUCUGCGCAUUGUGGGGGUGGAUUCAGCAGAUCCUGGUUUUGGUGAUGUGUGCGGUAUACGCUUGGAUCAUCGCGAGAUUUGCAAGCCACGUGGCAGAGACUGCAUUCUAUACAAAGAAUUAGUCAAAAUGAUUAAAAAAGUAUGUUGAAAUCGAUGAACGGUGCGCCGUUUAGCAACUAUUAAGAAACUAUUAGUACCUUUUUGAAUUAAGGUAAAUAAGUAAUGUUACCAAAGCGAAAAUAUUCAUAUGUAAAUUAUUAUAAAUAAUGUUCUAUUACUAUAAAAUGUAUUCACAAAUACAUAUGCGUUCUUGUAUGUAUGUGUGUACAUAUAUAGAAAUAAGCAAUUAAAUAUAAGCUGGUUGCAUACCUACACUGCGUUAAAUUACUACGGCACAGAGACUUACUGACAAGUUUGGACAGUUUAUUUGUUUGUUAUUUAGGUAGGUAGGUGAAAUGGUGAAAGCGCCAGUUUGGCACUCCCCAAGUAGCACUAAAGCGCCGUUUUGAUACCAUUGUGAGACCUCCAACAGCCAGCGCUGUUGAUAUAAAGCAGAAGUUGAUGGGAUUUAGGUAGGCGCACUGCCCCAGGCUGUCGAAGGUAGGAGCACCCGUGACCUUAGCCGUCUAGCUGCUAACCUCGGCCAUUUACAGAGAAAGUGCUCAACAGUCAGGGUUGGGCGUUUUGCACUACCACUAACGUUUUAGUGGUAGUUAAAUAGAGGUUUCAUUAUCAUUAAAACUUCAGUUUUCCAGUGUUUUAACUAUCCGCUCAUUGCAAUAAUUAUUUGGUGCAUUAUACCCAACCCUGUCAACAGUCCUUUUCUCUGAAAGGUCCCCAUAGUUUUGGCAACGAGGAUUAAAUAAACCUAGCUUUCCUGCGUGCGAUCGUCCAAUGACCGGUAUAGUUACGAGUUUGGAAAUUGAAUUGUGUGGAGUCAAUAGAAUUUUUUUAUUUAAUUUUAAUAAUUUUUUUAUUACAUCUUUUAAUAAUUCUUUUAUCAAAUUGAAACAAAAAAUUAAAAAAUUGCAUCUAAAUUUCUAAAUCGGAAACCUUUUUGAGAUUUUUCUGAUCAGACCCGGAUGAACUAACAUGCAUUUGUAUGGGUGUAUGUGGCGAAUGCGCCACAUUUAUAAUUCAUUUUUAAGUAUCGCAUUUAAUUUCUUACAUUUUUCAUUGGUUUAGGGAUGCAUUGAGCUGCCUACAGGGGCAAAAUUAAUCGCUGACCAUAUUUUGGUUUGUGAAAAAAAAUUUUUUUUUUGUUUGUUUCUUUAUUUAGACUCAUUUCGAAGAGGGCUGAAGAAAAAAAAGUUGAUUACACUGAAAUUUAUGGUAAAAUAUGAAAUUAUAUUUAUUUAUUGCUUCGGUGGAAGGCAAGCAAAAGAUGUAUACGAGAUUUUUGAGUGCUUUUGACAUACCAGAUUCUUGCAUGGAAUACAAUUGAAACAAGUUUUUCGACACAGCUUUUCGCUUCCUUGUAGUCAAAGACGACACUCUCUCUUCGCGGUGAGUGUAUCGGCUACGGUUGGUUGGUGGACUACAAUAUUCCCAGGGAUAGUAAUUAGUUUGUUGAAAAAUGAUUCCACAGCCACACGAGUAGUGAAUUGACAAAUAACGGCUGGAUUAUUCAUACGAUUCCCGAUGUUUGCAAGGACCAAUAUAGUCGUCAAAAAUUUCGCCUCGCAUUACUUUUCUUGAGCCCAUCAACUUCCUUACAAAUACAAAACUUUUCAUUGUCACUUUUCAAAUUUUUUUCUUUCGUCCUGUUUGAGGAUCCUUUCUAAAAUCUUAUAUCCAUAAAUCAAUAGAAAAUUAAAUUUUAGAAAGCGACCUGUAAGCUAAAGUUGUUAGCUAUAAUAGAAAUAAAUCCACGUCUAAAGUCAAGGAAGGUCUAGCCAGAUCUGGAUGCUCUACAGAGCGUUAACAAAUUUUGAGUACGCAGUUUCAUAGCUCAUUAAAUUUUGUCACAAUAAAGUGCAAGUUUCAAGUGGCUCAAGAAUCGCGUUGAUUUUUGACAUUUUUUUUUACUAGCGGCCUCGUGCACUUUUCCCGGUGCGGAAUCCAAAACAGCGUCAACAAAAAGAGUUUUUCAAAAUGAACACUAAAUGGUUGUUGUUGUUAUAUCAGCAUAAACAUUCACUAUCCAUAUAUGGGGAAUGAUGCAGAAGUGACAGGCCCUGGCCGGAUAUAAAUCUGAGUUGUUCCGGUAAUGUAGAAACGACUGUCGUGGGAACGAAAUUAAAUGGGCUUUAACAUUGCAUACUCGAGAUUUUUCGAAAAAAAUAGGUAAAAAAGUAGUUUUUUAAUGGAAAUUAGUAGCAUUUUUAAUAAAUUUGCGCAACGUUUGAAACUUAAAUUUUUAUAAUUUUUAAUUUAAAUUUAAAAAAAUCAGUGCUAUUUUGAAAUCAGUUGAGACUUUAUUAUAUCUAAAUUUAAACCUUUUCGGUUGAUGCCGCCACAGUUGCGGCAUGCGCAUCGUCGUAGAAUUCGGUGGCGCCAGUCAAUCGGCAAGAUGUCAUUAAGAGGAAAGGAAAGAUGUUCGGCUUCAGUAGAGUUGAGAUCAGUAGAAAGCUAGCCACUCUGCAUGCCGCACGCGUUGUUUUAAAAUCAAACGCAAUAAAUCAGUUUUAACCAAUUCUGUAUUUUUUAAUAUCCAUAAAUUUGCUUUAUGGAGUUAGGGGUAGUCAGUGGCCCGAAAAAAUUAUGGUUUUCAAUAACUUUUUUCAAAAUUAGCAAUAUGGCGGCUACAGGAAAUAUCUUUCAGAUUUUCAAGAAAACACCCGACACGUAAUUGUUAAAAAAAAUCGAAAUUUUUGAAAAAAAAAAUCCUUCGACCCGGCACGAGUUUUUAUAUUUUUCAAAAGCAGUAUAAAUUUUAUUGAAAUCUACCAAGCGGUUUUUAAGGCACAGUGAUCACUAGUUUAAAAAACAUAGUUUUAAGAAAAACGGAUUUAAAGUUUUGCUAUCUGCUCCGAAGCGCCCGAGCGCCCUUUGUUAAUUGUUGAAUAACUCGAAAAGUAUUUGUCGUAUUCUCUUCAAAUUUUCACACAACAUUUUUAGGAUAUUAUACUUUAAGAAAAUAUAAAAAAAAUCCAAUUUUUUCAAAAUCCUGACUACCUCUAACCCCUUACAUCACUGAGGAAGAAAUAACUUCGAGAAGCUAAAUUUGCUCCGACCAACUGGUACUCCCCUCAGAAAAAUUUGCCGUUCACAAAGGGUUAAUGACCCAAAUUCAAUGCUUUAUAAAACUGCGUACUGGGAAUUUUUCUGAAAAUUCUCAUAAAAAAGUGUAGAAGUGUGAAAGAAGUUUUCUAAAAAUUCUGAUAAAAAGUGUCAAAGUUCGAUGAACAUUUUUUGAUUUUUUUUGGUUUAUAUUUCUCAAAGCUUCAUAUUGGAUUUAUAUGGUUCUCGUAGGAGAAUGAACUAUAAUUUCACAAAAAAUUUUUUUAAAGUAAAUAGCAAACAAAUAAUUGGUCAAAACUUGUCAAUAAAUCUAAAAUAAAAAUCAAUAAAAAUACUUGAUUAUGAACUUUGUAACUUCCAAAAAUAUAUUACAAAAAACUGAAAAGAUACAAAUUUUAGAAACAGCCUCUUUUAAAAACAAAAAAUAAGGUGCGUUUCAUAAUCAUAAGACACCCUUAAUUUUUCAAAGUAUUUUAAUUUAUAGUUUGCGGGGGAAAAUAAAAAUUUUACACAUCGAUUAGAGUAACAAAAGUUAUUUGUUUCAUUACAGAGUUUAGAACGUUUUAUUGGUACAUAAAGAAAAUUUUUAGCACAAAAGUAUUUCCAUGCGUUUCAAAAUGAUAAGACACUGUUAAUUAAAGUGAUCGUUUAACAAAAGUAUACUUUUUUCUAAUUUUUUUUUCUGUCGUUUAGAAUAUUUUAGUAUUCUAUAGAAGCACCAUUUGCUUUAGCGGUACAAAAUAAUCUUUUUUUCAUCGGUUCUGCUAACUUUUUAAGUAAAUUUACAUCUAGAGAAGCCCAUUCUGCCUUAAUUGCCGCUUUAAGUUCGUUGGUGUUGUCAAAUUGGCGAUUGUUGGCGUAAACUUUUCUGACUAAUAUCCCCCAAAUGUUUUUUAUUGGGUUUAGAUCCGGAGAAUACGCCGGCCAUUUCAUAGUUUCUAUGGAUCAAUCGGUCAAAUACUGCCUUACUUCUCUGCUUACGUGGAUUCCUGCAUUGUCUUGCUGGAAAACGAAGGCCACUUCCCAAUUAUCCUGAAUAAAAGGAAGGAGACUAUUUUUGAAAACGUUUCUGUAGUCCCCACUAUUCAUUCGCGAUGAUGUAAACUGUAUAUCAAGAGUUGCUUUCGGUGUAAAUGCACCCCGAACCAUAACAGAACCUCCACGGAAGUUGCGCUUGGAAAAUAAGAGGCGGGCUCUUGCACAAAUCUCUCCAAUAAUUUAAAAAACCAUCAAGUCCGUCAAGGUUCCAUUUUUUUCAUCAGAAAAUAUAACCUCUUUAAAAAACAAUAUGAAAUUGAGCAACAUUGAAAAUAUUCUAAUAUAAAUAUCUUACUGUGCCCCAGUUGGUGUCGAGGUGUUUUUCUGCAAAUUGAAGACGCGCCAGUUUGUGUCGUGGCAAAAGAUGGGGUGCUUUUCUUAUUUUUGAUAAUUUUAAAUGAUUGCACCUAUGUAAUGUGCGCCAAACUGUUGGUUUUAAAACCUUAUUUGAACAACAGUGGCCAAGUUGGCGCAAGACUUAGUCGAUUUAGAAGUUUUUCUUAUGAUUGCUCGCUGUUCUGGACUUGAUAGUGAUAAUUUUCUUCCAACGGGCUUCAAAAUGUUGUAAUUCUCAGUACUCCAUAAAAAAUUCCGGGCAACACAACGACUUCUGCCUGUUUUUUGGUUUUGCAAUUAUUUUGAUUGACAAGCCUGAAUUCUUGUAGGCCAAAAUUUUUCCACGCUCCUCUUGUGAUAAUAUUGAACCCCUCGGCGUUUUAGGUUAAAUUGAAUAAAAUUAUAAUUAAAGUUAUCCAAAACAACAAUCAGCUCCUUCUAUCUCUUCAGCAGCUUAUUUUCGACUAGUGUCCUAUCAUUAUGAAACGCCGAAAAGACUAGCAAAAGUGCAGAUUCUUUGAAAAAGAAAACGGCUCUACAAAGUAGAGUGAACUUUCGCGCCAAAAACAAUUGAUAGAAGUCUUAAGUCUCAACUGUUAAAACGACGCGAAAUAAAAGCUACUCCGGGAAGUAAAAGCGAGCUUACGGUAGUUCAAAAAUUGUAUACCAAAGGUGUCUUAUGAUUAUGAAACGCACCUUAAAUAAACAAUAACAAAUAUUAGUGCCAUAUUUAUUGAACGCAGUGUAUGUGUGUGUUCUUAUAUAAACUUAUGAUAAAAGUGUUAAUCGGAUAUUAAAAUCCAUUGCUAUCCAACAAUUGCCAUUGGUUCUUAAAAUAUUAAUAUAUAUAUUGUAUAUUUAGUAUUUAAAUAAAAAUAUUUACAAUUAAAUACAUUUUGAUAUUUACGUUUUAAACAUUUAAUUACUGUUAUUAUAGUAAAACGUAUACAAAAACGCGUAGCUGCAGUAAUACAUAGACGUGUUUAGACUGUACCUAAAACCAUAGGUGAUGAAUUCCGGUUUAAGAAAUUUACAAACGUAUAUACGCCGUUAGUAUCGUGGAUAUUUACCAGUAGUGAGGUAGUUGGAUUUUGUGAUCAGCUCAAUGAAAUGUGAUUUUUAUUAAAUAGAAUUGUGGCAUAGCGGAUGUUUUGCUAAGGAAAUGUAAGCAAUAUUUUUGUUGAAUUUGGUACAAUUUAUGGGUACAAAAAUGUAACGAACUUUUGCCAGUACCAGCGUACGUACAACUUGUGGCUGAAUUAAGCAAUUUAGUUUAGUAUUUGUCAUAUUCUUAGUUUAAUAUGAAAAUUUGAAAAAUAAGAAACUAACGAAAUAUACGACCAAAGUAUGUGUGUAUGUGUGGUUUAUAAAAACAUACAUACUUUUAUAUCCUUACCAGCCCCUCUUAAAUUUACUAUACUCCACUUAAUGUUAAACAAUUUUUGCUAUAAACUGUUCAAUUCCUUUUAUGUCAUAAAAUUUCGUAUAACCAAUAAACAAAAUCUUUUGCU